AUGCAGAGCUGCAGCAGCGCAUGUAUCUGCAGCCAGCGGGACCUGCAGCAGCAGUACGCAGAGCUGCAGCAGCGCAUGUAUCUGCAGCCAGACUUGGAGGGCGAGAUGUUCCCUUCGCUGGCGCUCGCGCUGGGUGUGCUCGGGGCCGCGCAGUGCGCCCCGGUGCCGCAGGCGGCCGGCCGCAGCAAGCUGCUGCUCGUCUCCUUCGACGGCUUUCGCUGGAACUACGACCAGGACGUGGCCACCCCCAACCUGGACGCCCUGGCCGCGGCGGGCGUGAAGGCGCGCUACAUGACGCCGGCCUUUGCCACCAUGACCAGCCCCUGCCACUUCACGCUGCUCACGGGGAGGUACAUCGAGAACCACGGCGUGAUCCACAACAUGUGGUUCAACAGCAGCACGGGCCAGAAGCUGCCCUACUACCACACGCAGGGGGUGGCGAGCUGGUGGGACAACGGCAGCCUGCCCCUCUGGAUCACAGCGCAGCGGCAGGGAUUAAAGACCGGCUCCAUCUACUUCCCUGGAGGAAAAGCAACGUAUCAAGGGGAAGAAGUGAAUAUGAAGAUGGUAGAGCCGCUUUUGUUCAACUACAGCAAUGAAAACAACUGGAGGCAGAACAUCGACACCGUCAUGGAAUGGUUCACGGUGCACAACCUGGACUUCAUUGCCCUCUACUUUGGCGAGCCAGAUUCCACAGGACACAAGUACGGCCCGGAAUCCACAGAGAGGAAGAACAUGGUCAGCCAGGUGGACAGGACGGUGGGUUACUUGCGGCAACGCAUCGCCGAAAGCGGCCUAGAAUCAAACCUCAACCUAAUCAUCACGUCUGACCACGGCAUGGACACCGUCAUAAAGACCAAUGAAAUUCACCUCCGGACAGUGGAAAACUUCACCUUCAGUGACAUCCAAUUUGAACUCUUAGAUUACGGACCAAAUGGGCUCCUGGUGCCCAAAGAAGGAAAACUAGAGCAUGUAUACACAGUGCUGAAAAAUGCCCACCCAAAGUUACACGUAUACAAGAAAGAAGAGUUUCCAAAGAGACUCCACUAUGCCAAUAAUUCCCGUAUCACCCCGCUCUUGAUGUAUAGUGAUCCAGGAUAUGUGAUCCAUGGGAGAUUCAAGGUGCAGUUCAACAAGGGGGAACACGGCUUCGACAACGAGGACAUGAACAUGAAAACCAUCUUCCGUGCCGUGGGGCCAGCCUUCAAGCGCGGGCUGCUGGUGGAGCCCUUCGAAAGCGUGCACGUGUACGCGCUGCUCUGCGAGCUGCUGGGCAUCGUCCCCGAGCCCCACGACGGGUCCCUGCACGUCACGCAGCCCAUGCUGGAUUCGAGCGCCCCUCUCCUUGCCGCCAAGAGGCUGCCGCUGCUGCUGGGAAUUGCUGCCGUGCUGGGGUGCUGGGGAGGAAUAUACUGA